AUGGCUUCAGAAAAAGAUCCUCUUGUAAGUGAACGUUCUGGAACAGUGAGGGAAGUUGGAAAUCAUGCUAUUUGGAGUUUGUCUUCUUGUAAACCAGGAUUUGGCAUUGAUCAAUUGAGAGACGAUUGCAUGGAUACUUAUUGGCAAUCUGAUGGCCAGUUACCACAUCUGGUAAACAUACAAUUUCAAAGAAAAACCAUGGUCUCACAUAUUUACAUUUACACAGAUUACAAGUUGGAUGAAAGUUACACUCCUAGUAGAAUAUCUAUUCGAGCUGGAACACAUUUUAAUGAUCUACAAGAAAUAGAGGUUAUUGAAUUAAUUGAACCUAGUGGUUGGGAAAUGAUACCAAUAAAAGAUAUUCAUGACAGGCCCAUCAGGACAUACAUGAUUCAAAUAGCUGUCCUAAGCAAUCACCAGAAUGGAAGAGAUACCCAUAUGAGACAAAUCAAAAUUCACUCUCCUUGUGAGCCUACAUCAUUUGACCUUAACAAAUUAAGAAACUUCUCUACAGUUCAAUUUCAACAAUAUGCAACAAUAAGAUAA